AUGGCCUCAAUCUCCUCUCGAAUCUCCAUCCGCUGGCCCAACACCAAACCCCACGAACACACAAACACCCUCGUCCUCACAACCCCCAAACGCUUCUUCGUCGACCUCCGCGUCAUGCGCCAGGCCCCCCAGAACCUCUACUGGGGCUUCGCCGGCAUCUCGCACAAGUCCGAAAGCGGCGACGUCGGCCGCUGGGUGCACACCGUCGACUCGCGCUACGACGACGUUGUCGAAGACUCUGGCACGUUCACGCAGCUGGCCAACGGCGACUGGCUGGAGCGCGGGACAAUGCUCGACUUUGACACGGGCCUCGUCGGCGACUAUGAGGAGGUUUGGCGCGACACCGAGCCGGAGCCGAGGGCGGCGGCGGUGCUGGUGCUCGGCGAGCAUGCGCAGAGGAGGGUUGGGCCCGAGAGCGAUGCGUCGGCGAGGGGCUGUGUGGUGAGGUUGGGGAGGUGGUGUCAGGGGGUGAUGAAGGUGGAUGGGAAGGUGACGGCGGAGAGGUGGGUGUUGGGCGUCGGGGAGACGGAGUGGUCGAGGGUGUGGAAGUGUGGGGAGGGGGUGAUGCCGUGUAUGGUUGCGUGUGUGGAGCAGCGGGCUGAAGAGGUGCAGGGCAGGAGAGUGGCGAAUACGAAUGGAGCGUCGCAGAUUGAGGUUAGGACGGAGAUUCGUGAGGGGGACGAGAUCGAGUUGGCGGAUUAUAAGUGGAGGGUUGUUGAGAAGGCGACUUGGUAG